UAUAGUUUUGGAUAUGAGAUGCAUUAUUCUGUUAAAAAACUUGAACUUCUAUAUAUCACUUUGGCUAGACACAGAGCGAGGGAUAUUCUGAUGAAGAAGGCUCCUGGUGUAGUGGUUAUUGAUGAUCGGGCAUCCAAUCGCUUCCCUACUCCAUUGGAGGUGUCAAACAAAGAUGAUGUUGCAGUUGGCAGGAUCCGCCGCGAUUUGUCCCAGGAAGGCAACCAUGGGUUGGACAUCUUUGUCUGUGGUGAUCAAAUACGCAAGGGAGCUGCACUUAAUGCUGUCCAGAUUGCAGAGAUGUUGCUUUAGUCCAUAUUUGUAUUUGGUGAUUAGGUUUCAUAUUAUGGAUUCAUCGGUAUGGUGAGAGAAGAUGCUUUUAAGUUAUUCGUCAUACAUCGUCUUCAGAUGCGGAUAUUGAUCCUUUUGGCGGGUUUAAAAAAUUGAGCAGUUUUUGUAGUAGGAUGCUUAAUGUUGUUAGUUUAAAGUGCAAUUAUUUCUGUUAAAUCCUUCACAGGAAGAUUUUGCAAUAAUAACUUGUAGUUCAGGACUGAUUCUACCUGGAAGCUCUUAUUGUUGG